AUGACACCGCACAGAGAUAUUGGUUGGGAUCAUGCUACUCCUAUCAGCAAUGAUAGAAAACAAGCAAAAUGCAAUUAUUGUGGUAAAAUUGUUCACGGCGGAAUUACUAGGAUGAAACAACAUAUAGCACAUGUUACAGGUCAAGUUGAAGCAUGCACGAGAGCUCCAAAAGAAAUAAGAGAGUUAUUAAAAGAACACUUGAUCCAAGGAAAAAGUAUGCGAGCAGCACAUAAAAAAAAGUUAGAAGCAUUGCAAAAUUCCAUUCGUUUGGAAGAUGAUUCUGAUGAGGAAGAAGAUGAAGUUUUUGAAAUAAAUGAAGAUGAGAUAGAUGCUCUUGAAAGAAAACACUUAAAAAGAGCAAUGGCUGAAAGCAGAAAUAUGGAAUUUAUGGAGCAGCAGCGUAGACAUUCUGUUUCCGGAGAUCUACCAAGCUUGAAUUUUAAAGCCGGAGGAAGCAGCUCGAAUACAAAAGGAAGUAAAAGAAAUUUUUUCGAAAGCUCUAUGAAAAAGACAGAAGAUAAUGCAAAAAAAGUGGGUAGAGCAAUUUCGAAAUUUUUUCAUUUUAAUGCAAUACCAUUUCACGCUGCCGAUAGUGGUCCUUACUACCAAACGAUGAUUGACACGAUUGCAUCGGUUGGACCUGGAGUUAAAGGACCUACUGGUAAACAAAUUGGUGGUGAAUAUUUAAACGAGGAGAUGCAAGAAGUUGUACAGUAUGUUGAUUCUUUAAAGCAGAAAUGGAAAACAUACGGAUGUACAAUUAUGUGUGAUGGUUGGAGUACUCGUACAAAACAUCCAAUCAUAAAUUUUAUGGUGUACUGUGAUAGAGAUAUGAUAUAUCACAGUUCGGUUGAUUGUACAAAUAAGGCGAAGACUGCGGACUUUGUCUACACCCUAAUGGAUAAGGUGGUGGAAUCAGUAGGGGUUGACAAUAUUGUACAAAUUGUAACUGAUAGUGAAGCUAGUAUGAAGGCGGCUGGGAAAAAACUGAUGAGGAAAAGGAAGCACAUUUUUUGGUCUCCAUGCGCAGCGCAUUGCAUUGAUUUGAUGUUAGAAGACAUCGGAGAUAUAUUGUCAGUGAAAGAUACGAUAAAAGAAGCCAGAAGAAUUACAGGAUUUAUAUACAACAGUGAUAAAGUGGUUAAUUUGAUGAAAACAUAUACGAAUGGCCGAGAUCUGUUGCGACCAGGCAUAACAAGAUUUGCAACCGAGUUUGUUGCAAUGGAAAGUCUUCUGAGAUAUGCAACCGAUUUGAAAAGAAUGUGUACUUCUAGAGAAUGGGUUGAGUACAAUAAUACCUCGAGGAGAAGACAUGAAGCCGGAGAUAUAUCAGACUUGAUUUUGAAUGAAAGAUUUUGGAAACGGAUACGCCGAGUCUGUGGGGUCAUGGAACCCUUAGUGAAGGCAAUGGAUAGGGCAAAAAUGGCAAUAAAAACCGCGGUGAAAGAUUUUCAACAAUAUUGGGAUAUCAUCGAUGAAAGAUGGUAUAAUCAAUUGCAUCAAGAUUUGCAUGCAGCAGCUUAUUUUUUAAAUCCUGGUCUUCAAUACUCCGGCACUUGUGAAUUUGAUUCAUCGGAGGUUCGAAAAGGAGUAAAAGAAGUUAUCAAAAGACUCGAGCCAGAUUUGGAUAUACAAGUAAAGGCUAUGAAUGAGAUAAACAUAUUUGUUAACAAAAUUGGAGAGUUUGGAAGUGCACUUGCUAUUAGAGCUGUAUCUACAUCUUUACCAGCUGACUGGUGGAAUAUGUACGGUGAUGAAGCUCCUAAUUUAAGAAAAAUUGCAUUAAAAGUUUUGAGUCAAACUUGCACAUCAUCGGGUUGUGAGCGGAAUUGGAGUACGUGGGCUUUGAUCCAUACUAAACUUCGGAAUAGAUUAGCUAUUGAGAAACUGCAUAAGCUAGUCUAUGUCCACUACAACAUGCGUCUUCGGAUGAAUGGGUUAGAGAAAAUGAAUCUCCACUUAUUCGUGAUAGUGAUUUGA